AUGGAACGGCGGCGGUCGGUCCGUUUGAAGCCCACAAAGGAGGCCGAUUUGUUUGGCAUAAAGAGCUCCUCAGGCCCGUCUAUAUCGGCCUCAUGCGAAUUUAUUCCCGCGGUUAUUAUUGCAAUUCAAUUAACGGCGGCACAAAGCUCGCUCGGGUUACGCUUUAUUGAAUCGGACGGAUCGCCGUCCGGGGGAGGUCGGGCCGUCGUAAAGAUGGCCGUUUUAUCGCCGCCGCGGAUCACCAGUGGCGGAUUGGGCACGGCGGCGCACUUAAUCCGCCACGUACAGGCCCGAAUCGAUGUGCGG